AGUGCUCUCGAAAAAAACCGCAUCAGUUACAAAAUACAACGUGGAGAGUUACAUGUAACGUUGAUAAUGACCCUAAAUUGCAGUUCCUUGGUGAAGGUAGCGACACUGCUGCUACAUUGCGCACCUUUUCGAGGUUGACUGUGACGCACUGUCGUGAGCAUGUGUCUGUGCAAUGGAUACAUUUCACAUCCGCUUCUUCUAAAACGUCAACGUUUAAAUUCGUUAUUUUGUACAUUCGUUUUGUGCACCAGCUACAUUGUGCAACCAUGGCCUCGGUCGUAAACGCCCCCAAACGUAACGUUACCGUGUUGAAGAAUGUUUACCCAAACCAGGUUGAACAACCUGUUAGUUUAAACUGUCCUUGCUUGCUAGUUAGUGUAUAUUGAAGGUACAAUAAUAUUUAAAAAAAAAUUUUUUUAUCGUUAUAGGUCACCAUUUAAUUCGGCAUCAGUUUGUCAAUAAAAAGCAAUUUGUUACUUUAUGUAAAACUGUGAAUCUUAACAUUUUUUUUUGCAGUGUUGCCACUAAACUACACGCGGAGGGCAGUAGCGAGUAGUUUAAAAGUUGAACUGUUAUUAGGAAAAAUACCUUGCUGCUUGUUAGGUAUGCUGACUUGAUGAACUUUUAAACAACAGUUUCUAUGUUAAAUACCCAGGAAGUGUAACUGGUGACCUUUGAAAUGUAACAUUAUGUGGAGAGGUUAUAAAUAGAUGUUUUUCUUUUAAUAAUGGAGAAUAUCAACCUAGUCUGGCAUGUGUUCAUAAAACCUGUUUGGCCCUGCUAGGAACCCAGCUGGCACUCUAAAGUUAUAAUCCGCAUAAUGCAAGUUUCGUUUAUUUUGACGUCUUCCUGCGUCGUUUUUCUUCCAUUAUGCAGCUGUAGAAGACUCUUAAUAUUUGCAUGAAUAAAUUAGCUUUUUCUGGUUCCCAACCCCUCUUAUAGCUCAUUUUUUUGUUUGUUGUUGUUGUUUGCCUUCUCAUUUCAUCAAAGGUCUCAUCAACAUUUUCUCUAAGCAGCAGGGGAGCAUGUGAUCUGAUGUGAAGUUGGAAAACAGGCUUCCCUUUGGUCUCUGCGACAUCAGAGGGCUGGGACCAUGGAGUCGUCCUCUGAUGAGGAGGAGGUGCGCACCUUCGUCCAAGUCCUCAGUGAGAAAUACAGCCCGGAGAAUUUCCCCUACGGCCAAGGAGUGGUGGUGAUGCCCAGCCCGCAAGGAUCCCCUGUGAAAGAUCGCCUGUUCUUGCCGAGCAGACUGGUUCUGAGUGACUCUGGAAUCCGUAAAGCUGGAGACAGGUCCGACAUUGCAGUUUUCUGUGCCCAUGUGGUAGAGCUGGACCUGUCCCACAAUCAGCUUAACGACUGGACAGAGAUCUGCGACAUCGUUUCCAACAUCCCCCACCUGGACUUCCUCAAUCUGAGCAUGAACCCUCUGAGCGGCGUAGAGCUGGAGCCCAGCAUCGCCGAGGUGUUCCCCAGGGUCCGACAACUUGUCCUCAUCAACACAAAAAUCAGCUGGGACACCGUGCACACACUCACACAACAUACGCCAGAGCUGGAGGAGCUUUUCCUGUGCCUGAAUGGCUACAACACUGUGUCCGAAUCCCAGACGUCCUGUCCGUCUCUACGCCUGCUGCAGAUCACAGACAACCAGCUGCAGGAAUGGGCCGAAGUGCGCAAGUUUGGGCAGAUGUACCCGAGUCUGAGAACACUGGUUCUGGCCAAUAACAGUGUGGACUCUGUGGGGGACAAUCCCGACACACUGCAGCGGCUCUUUCCCAACCUGCGCAGCAUCAACCUCAACAACUCGGGGCUUAGCAAAUGGGAGGACAUUGAGAGGCUGAAUUACUUCCCCAAGCUGGAGGAGGUCAAAGCAAAGGGGAUUCCUUUAUUGCAGCCUUACGCCACCCACGAAAGACGUAGCCUCCUUUUAGCACAGCUGCCAUCUGUCGUGCUGCUGAACGGGAGUUCAGUGUCAAAGGGAGAGAGAGAGGAUGCUGAGAGGCUUUUCAUCCGUUACUACCAGGACUACCCAGAACAGGAACGUCCUGAGAGGUACCACAGCCUUGUAUCAAAGUAUGGUCAGUUGGCCCCACUGGCGGAGGUGGACCUGAGCCCCCGCUGCACCAUGGUGGAUGUUCGCCUGGGUGACAGGGUGGAGGCCGUCAGCCUCCGCCUGGAGCAGACGGUAGGCGACCUGAAGAAACAACUCCGAGCUCUGCUGCAGCUGCCCACCAGUGGGAUCAGGCUCUUCUACAUCAACCGGGAGAUGUGUUCGGUCUUGGGACCAGAGGAGUUGAAGUGGGGCAGCCGGGCCCUGCAUUCCUACAGCAUCCGAGAUGGGGAUGAGAUUCUCGUCGUGCCCAAAGUCAAAAGUCACUGCAGCUCCUCCGAUCUUUGAGUCUGCUUUUGGAUGAAUCGGUCAGACGAACACUUACUUUGACUUCAGCCUUUUGUAGAUUGAAUGAGAAGGUGAAUUUGUUCAGCUUUGAAUCUAGAGAUGAUCGCUGUCCACCACACUGAAUAAAUACAGUAGUGUAUUUGCACAUAGGAGUUCCACAUUCACAAAGCGUGUAUCUUUUGAGUGGCACAUUUCUGUGUUGCUUGAGGUAAGACUGCAGUUUACAUCUCAAUUAUGAAAAAUAUCAUGCAAAUCUAGACAUGGUACAAAUAGUCCUCCUGAAAGAAAAAAAAAAACAGCUGCCAAAAUUACCAACUGAAUGCACAAUUUGCACUAAAUCUAUAUUACAAUUGAAGUGUUUAUCUGAUUAGGUUUAAGAUUUUAGGAUGAAAAAGCUUCCCCUUGCUUGCGCCAUGCAUGGGACUUAUUGGUAAUUAUUUGAGUAUUAAAAAAUAAUAAAAAAAAUCUUUUUGUGCCUGGGAGAAUUCAGCUAGGGUGAAAAUCAUUCAAUCUACUCCUAUAAAGCCAAAGCAAUGGCAAACAAUGAACCCUAAUCAUGCAGUGGCCAAGCUGGCUGGAUGUACAUUUUAUUUAGAUUUUCAUGAUGAUGACGAGCUCAAAGAUGCUUCUUUUCUUUAUCUAAGCAAACUGUGUUUGCCCGCAAGAGUGUUCUUUGCCAGGAACAUGAGUGUGUGUGUGUGUGUGUGAGUAACACAAAUCUUUCCCCGCUUCUUCCCGUCACUCAGAUCACUCUCUUUCCACUUGCCUCUUAAUAGCAGUGAAAUAACCCUCGGAUAACCCCCGAGCUGAAAUCAUAAAUGCGGUGUGUCGGGGGAUAACGCAGAGCACAUUGGAGCUGCUGCUCAGUCAAGACGCCCCGGCAGAAAGACGAGACAAGUCUGAGGUGAGCUUGGGUCUGUGAGCGAGAAAAGAAGGAGCAUCGAUGCUCAAGUUACCGCAGGUCUUCUGGCCGUCCAGCCCAUGAAUGAAGUAGCUCUCUCCCUGCAGAGGCGGCUGAGAAGCGAUGAGGCCCAGUCUGUAUGGUAACCACACACCCGCCCGACCGCUGUGUCACGGACACUUCCGCUGCAUUUAGGUUAGAAUGGGUUCUCGUCCCUCACCCAUUCACCUCAGUCUCUCCUUCACAUCCGUCUUACAAACCCGACACUUCCAGUGUCUGCUGUUUCAAAGGGGGGGGUCGUGGCAAUUGACAGCCUCUUCCACUGCAGCCGCAAUAUUCAUGAAAGUUUUUCACAUGCUGCUGUAGGGUGGGUGGGCCUAAGAGCUCCCCAAAAUUGAAGCCAAAACAUCUCCGUCUGGCGGUAAGCUUAGGAAGCACUUUAUUUAAUAUGCAGCAGAGUUUUCUAUGAGCGGAGCACGCAUUUUAAACGUCACCGUCAUCAUCGAUCACGUUCAUUUAAUUAAUUUUGGGAAGCCAAAAUUGUGAUCGUGCUUCAUUUUGCAGCCCUACUGAGUGCAGAUCGCCAAAUCCUGAAAGAAGCUGAGUUUUGAGAGUGAGUACAGAUGUUGCUCGCUGUGUAUUCGUAAACAUAAACGGUGUAUGGUGGCCAAUAAAUGUAAGAUACUGACUUACCCAAAGCCUUUUCAAGAGUUUUCUAUAACAUCAUUUAAAAGAAUCACUUGGGUUUAAUCUCGUAGUCCAGACAUGUCAGGCUGAUCGCAGACUCUAAAUUAAAUGAGUGUCAAUGUUUCCCUGCCUUUUGCUCAAUGCAUGCUGGGAUAUGUCCCAGUCUGCGCGACAUUGAAUAGCUCCAACCUUUCACCGCGUGUAUAGCACGUGUGCAGUGUAAAUUGGGCCCAAUGUCAAAUGAAAAGAUGAUCAAUAAACGUAUUUCUAAAAAGCAGGAAAGUCUUGCACAAGCCAUUUAUUUUCAACUUUGGAGGGCAAAGGAGUUCAUGUUUGAAAUCACGUUGGGUGAAGUGAGCUGAAGGGAUACAAUGUUUCACUUAAACACAAUUAUAAGGGAAGGGUGGCUUUCUGUUACCAAAACUGUGUGAAAGUGUGUUGAGUGCCGUCUGGAUCGCUCCUCCUACUCGUAGCGUGUAGUUGAUAACUGGAAGUCUCUUCUUGUUUUUUUCUGGGUUUCCUCACAUGCAUAAUACUACAUUAUGAUUGAGUGCAUUCUAGAGUUGUUCCGGUACAAGUAGCGGAAAUGUUCAGUCUACUGCCAGAAAUGCUGGAUUGGAUAUCGGCGAGUAUACGAGUCUAUGCACCGAUCCGAUACCACGUUAUCAUGUCACUCACUUGCCCCCUAUGUUCUCCCUGAUAAUGUUACAUUGUGAACAAACAAAUCUGGUUAAAAACAUUAGCAGUGGUCACUGGUGGGCAGCACAGUCCUGCUUGGUUAAAUAACAGAGCUAACAACAAACAUUAAUGGAGGUUGCAUUGAGUUACCCUAUAAUCCGUUCAUGCUCUAUUCAGUGACAAUGAGAUGUGGUAUCAGAACAUCUCUAGUGCUUACAUGGGAAGUAAUGGGAUGAGAAUAAAGCAUUUUAUUUCUAAAGCAAUGUUUGAUGUGUUGGUGGUUUGCAUGUGCGGAUAUUUUUUGAUAUAUGUGUGAUUUAAAAUGUGUACGAGAUGUGUCAUUCCAGGGAAACUGUGUUUCCUGUGUGUUGUUUAUGGGCAUUUGUAAUUUUGACACUUUUAAAGUAUUAUCUGUGCUCCUCUUACCCUCACUUUUAUCCUUCAGUAAUACCAAAUACAAAGAUUAUAUACAGAUUUUCAAAUCUAAAGAUAGUUGCUUAUCUAUGAUACAGUUUGCCUUGUGUUGUUGUGUUAAUUUAUCAUGUUUGUUUUCUGUUUCUCAAAUGUGUAUCUAAAUAUUUUUGAUGGUAAAUCCUUGUUUUCUUUCUUGAGAUCAUCUUGCCAUAUCUACACCUGUACUGUGUAAUGAUGCUUUCACUUAAUAAAUAAAUAAUAAAUAAUAAUUA